AUGACUUCGACAACCAUACGUACAAAUGGACUGCAUCAUGCAAUCUCCUUAGGGAAUAUCGAAACAUCAGCAAAGUCGAAUUCGUAUCAAGUUGAAAGAUGCUACGAUUCUGAGGAUGAAAAUAUGGGCAGACGAAGGGCACGAACACAAUCUCCAUCGGAUUUGUACCAUAAGACAUCGGUUUAUUCCAAAGGAGAUAUAAGAGAGCAGUAUUGCCUUACGGACAGACAGCUUAAUACCAUUGAAAGGCCAAGGAGGGAAAGGUUUUUUGGUUGUUUUUCAAGCAGAGGUGCUCCGCAGUCAUUUUUGGGAGUUUGUGUUGGAAGGAGGGCGCCCUCUGACGAGAAUAUUGCAGACUAUGCUCCGUUCUAUAAAUAUCCUCGGUCACAGAAACCACCUGAAGAUGACCAUGACAGUUCCUAUUUUCGAAGACAACCUGCUUCCAUACUAAUUACAGCUAAAUGUGGUGCUGCCGAACCUGCCCAAGAUCGGUACUCGUGGAUAGAACCAACAUCAAUCAUUGAUGAUUCCAAUCUACGCCCCAAAGAUCUAGGUGUUUAUCGAUGUCCAGCGCAUGUUGGUCUUCCACCACCUCCUCCCCCACCAACUAAUGCCCCUAGUGGUCCACCAACUCCAAGGUAA